CUUUAAUUUGCAACUGAGCCUCGCUAAUGAAAACUUUAUCACCUCCUGUUCUAGCUUUGGCACAUCCACGACCGCCAUGGAAGCAAAUAUGUGACCUUCAUUCUCUUCACUCUGUUUCUACUUUCUUCCUUCUCCGAUCAACCCGCUCGCCAUCAAUGGCCAUCUCUUCUGUCUUAUCGGUUGUCUCAGCCUCUCACUUUCCCUUCUCAUCCCCAUAUCACCACCUUCGCCGAAGAGCCCAUCCUCCCAUCUCCAUUUCCACCGAUCCCUCUCAUGUCGACGUCCUCUGUCUCCGCGACCUCCUUGUCUCCGCUGGCCACUCCUGUCAUCGCUUCCCGGUUUCCGCGGGCGAAGGCCUCGUGGAGCCCGCUGAUGUCGGAAAGCUACGGACAGCUAUCGAUCACAGCUUCAUCUUGGUUUCCGUGUUCUGCCGUGCCAGAUUUUUACCCUCCACCGCUACCGCCGUAGACGACGGCUCAGAUGAGACAUCGGUAGCUCUCGGCUUUGAGAAUUUCUUCGAGAGUAAUUUCUGGGCGCCAGGUCCCGAACACCAUUUGAUUGGGUUUGGCCGGGCAGUGUCGGAUAUAGGAUUGACGGCUUCCAUUCACGAUGUAGUGGUCAUGCCUUCACUGCAGAAACAAGGUAUUGGUCGAAAGAUUGUUGAGAGAAUAAUUAGGAUCCUCACCAAUAAAGGCAUCUAUGAUAUUUCAGCCUUGUGUUCUGAAAAGGAGAGGUUCUUUUUUGAAGCAUGUGGGUUUGGAAAGGAUCCUCUUGAUUCUACCACGAUGAUGUACACCAGGACACCCUCAACUGAUCAAAAGGACAAUUUCAUGGUCAAAACUGUAGGUCGUAUGCAGCUGGUGGUUCCUCACUCUCUUGAACUAUACCCCUCUGAGAAGGAACACUGUGGAGGCUAAUAAUCCAGGUGAAGAUCCCAAAGAAGCUCUUUGAGGCGCUUACUCUAUUUGAAAUUUUGAUAUUUUGGAAUUAGGUUUAUCAUGUCAAUUAGGUUCACGUUACAUUGAAAAACCAGCAUACAGGUCACUUUUAAAUAUUGAGAGCAUUAUGUUAAAGGUCCUCUCCAUUAUUCUUUCUUUUUUUCUCUCCUCUCCACUUGAUGUUUCUCGACACUGGAGUCUUUCAUCUCCAUAACAUAACCCAUCCCACCAAAUGUAAACAAGGUCAAAGUUCCUCCUCAUAAUGGUUUUUAUCACAAAGGGCCUAGUUGCUUAACAUGCACCAUCUGUAAAUUUAACUGAAGCUUAUAAUGGGUUUGAACAACAGGCCUUCCGCGAUGUUUUCCUAACAAAUGAAGGAUCUUAUUGCA